CCUGCGUCAUUCGGUUUCCCUCUCUGCUGUGCGCACCUUUCCUGUUGGCUGUUCCAAUACUGCCAUUGGUCCCCUACAAACAUGGCUCUCUUUGAUCAGCCCGCCGUGGGCACGGGCUCCCCCAGCCAAGCAGCCGACCCUGAGAAGGGUCUGGAGGCUACAAGCAAGACGACCAAGAACAACAACAACACCACGACCGACGCCAGCGAUGACGGCUCUGUCUCCGGCUCCCCCUUCACGCGCACCCUUGACAAGGUGCUCAAGGUCAGCUCCGUCGAGAUCCGCGGCGUGCUGCCUGUGCCUCUCCACGAGCGCACCUCGCGCCGCUACUCGAGCUUCUUCACGCUUUGGACAACCCUCAACAUCAACCUACUUCCCAUCACCUUUGGCAUGCUCGGCCCAGCCUUUGGGCUCGGCCUCCGCGACUCGGUCCUCGUCAUUGUCUUCUUCUGUCUCCUGACGGCCGCCCUGCCCGCCUAUCUUGGAACCCUCGGCCCCAAGACUGGUCUUCGUCAGAUGAUCCAGGCCCGCUUCAGCUACGGCCGCUACCUUGUCUCUGUCCCUGUUCUCCUCAAUCUCGCGACCCUCGUUGGCUUCAUCAUCAUCACGGCUGUCAUUGGCGGCCAGUGCCUGUCCGCCACGACGGGCGGCAACCUGUCCUCGACCGUGGGCAUCGUCAUCAUUGGCAUCCUGGCCAUGUUCAUCUCCUUCUGCGGCUACCGCGUGGUCCACCAGUACGAGCGCUACGCCUGGAUCCCGGCCCUGAUUGCGAUUGUCAUCACCACGGGCUGCGGUGGUUCGCAGCUGUACCUGCAGGCUCCUCCCGAGCCUGCGACCGCAUCUGCCAUCUUGUCGUUUGGUAUGAUUGUUGCGUCGUACAUGAUCCCGUACGCGGCUAUUGCGUCCGACUUUACUACCUAUCUAAGCCCAGACUUUCCAAUUUGGCGCCUCUUCACCUACGGUUACCUCGGCCUGCUCUUCCCCGCGAUCCCUCUCAUGACGCUGGGCGCCGCGAUCGGCAACGCAAAGUCCAACAUCCCCGCAUGGCAGGACGGUUACGACACGGCCGGCGUGGGCGGCAUCCUGGCCGCGAUGCUCGCCCCGUCUGGAGGGUUCGGGGUCUUUGUCCUCGUCAUCCUCGCCCUCACGCUGCUGGGCAACGUCUCGGCCACCAUGUACGCCGUCACGCUCAACUUCCAGAUCUUUGUCCCCCAGCUCGUUCUGGUGCCGCGGUACAUCUACUCGAUCAUCAUCACGGCCAUCGUGAUCCCGAUCGCCAUCAAGGCCGCCGACGACUUCUUCCUCAGCCUCGAGAACUUCAUCGCCCUGAUCGCGUACUGGUCCGCCUCGUUCGUCGCCGUCGUCAUCCUCGAGCACGUCGUCUUCCGCAGGGGCGACUACGCCAGCUACGACCACGACGCGUGGAACGACGCCAAGCGGCUGCCCUGGGGUGUCGCCGCGCUCGCCUCGGGCGUGCUGAGCUUCGCCCUCGUGGUGCCCAGCAUGUCGCAGAACUGGUACGUCGGCCCGAUCGCAGAGGUCACGGGCGAUCUCGGGUUCGAGUUUGCCCUGGUGGUGACUGGGCUGCUGUACCUGCCCAUGCGCGCCCUGGAGAAGAAGCUGUGCGGUCGGUGAGAGAGAGACGGUGGCAACACCUGAUGGGCUUGUCCCGGUGCAAAGUAGAAGAGCUUUGUGUGUAUAUACAAAGACAUUCGGAAUUAGAGAAGCGGCAGCAGAUUUCAACACUGCGCAGACAGAUAGAAAUGGAACUUUAGAAGCGUUUGGAAUACAACGCACGCACCGACGAUCGCUUCAUGCAAACGGUGACCUCGGCACGAUUUCUCCCAAGACGUAAUGGACCUUGAGGUCAAGGGCUUCUCGUCUCUAGGCUUCUCUGUGC